AUGCGAGUGGUGGACUUGGAGCAAGGAUACUUCAUGGUGAAAUUCUCUCUCGAAUCUGAUUACUGUCGCGCCUUAACCGGAGGUCCAUGGACUAUCUCAGAUCACUACUUGGUGGUAAGAAAAUGGACUUCUUCUUUCCGCAUCACUGAGAAGCUACCUCCAUCGCUGGUGGUAUGGGUUCGCUUCCCUGCAAUGCCCAUUCAAUACUACCAUACUCGUAUCCUAACCGCAAUUGGCAACAUGCUCGGCAAACUUAUUCGGAUCAACUACAAUACCCAAACAGCUCAACGAGGUAAAUUCGCCCGAAUUGCAAUUGAGCUUGAUGUUUCUCAGCCACUUACCCCAGAUUUUUACCUUGAUGGUGCUGUGCAAUUGAUCGAGUACGAAAACCUACCUCAAGUAUGUUUCUCAUGCGGUCGAAUUGGCCAUGUGCAAGAGGAAUGUGCCGACAACCAACCGCCGGCUAAUGUCCACUCUACUGCAGCACUAUCCACCACCGCUCUUCUCACGCCGCCAUCACUGCAACAAGCUCCCGCAGCAGAGACACACACCUCUACUGAAACAGUCAGGACGGAAGAAGCUUUCGGGCCGUGGAUGGUCGUUCAACGAAGGAAUAGAAGAUACAAUAGAAAUGCCCAACCGGCUACCCCUAUGAAGAACCAAUCGACCAAAGAAAACCGGACGACGACGAUCGGAAACUCUGCCGACCGCCCAAUCCCGCCUGGUGGAGAUGGAUCUCAACGCCGUCACCCACCGACCACGACCGCCCAACAACAAUUUAUGGAGGGUAUGGGCAUCCACUCACGAGCCCAUGCCUCAAUCAAAGCAACCAUACCGACAGUAACUUUGAAGCAUCAACUACCAACGGGAGAAAGCAUUAUUCAACGGAAUCAAAUUGGGUUCAAAGCGGCAGCACAUGUGGACAAGUUUGGGAAGCCUAACAGACAGACUAAAGGUAAAGGGGAAGACACCAGCAUAACCACACCUGCAACUUUGAACGUCGAGGGCAUCUUAGGCCCAAGUCCACACAAGGCAACAACGUCAAGUCCAUUUAUAAACGCACUCCAUCAGCCCAAAAAUAACCCAGCCAACAACAAAGACAGUUCAGCCUCUUCCCCAAACCCAAUGCCGUCCACUUUAGUAUCCGACGAAACUCAAAAUAUUACCACUAUCUCCGGCCCCAAUGGGACCACAAUUCACGUCAUCAGUGUUCAGCCCAUCGAAGAGGACAAAAUGAAGAGCCCAUCCAUAUCGUCAAGAUCAAAAAGCAAGAAGAUAGCGGAACAGCACCAAAGAUACUGGCUUAUGUUUGACUCGGUUGGGGUUCAAACCCCACGGUCUAUUAAUGGUUAA